CGCUUAUCAAUCGACGAGCCCCGUACCUAUAAAAGGCUGAAUCGCCGAUAUAAUUAUUUCCGUCGCAUAAUGCUACUCAGCUUGCACUGGGACAACAAGCUUCCAGCUCUCGUGAAGGCACGAGCAAAGCGCUCUCCCUCUGCUGCUGAUAACCUGGACAACGAUUCCGAAGGACCUGCGACCGCCCGUCGCGACUGUGUCCACCCUUCCGACGCGAUCUGGAGCCGUUACUGUAGCAGAACGGCGGCGUCGCCAUGGCGGCGGUGUCGUACAGAUUCCCUGCGAAAUAAUGACGCAGUGAAUCCUCCAGUGUGGAGCCUCUAAAGACGCAGAGCAUCUCCCUGUGAGGCUGGCUCGGCCGCCGCAGCAAGCGUUAACAUGCCAGGCGCCCCGAAACAGACUUCUGCCGUGGAGACCUCAAGAGGAGGGAGGACAGGAAACCUGAGAGACACCGCGAUGAGCAUUAAUAGUACUAAUAGCAUUAAUAGUCUUAGUAGUAGCAGUGGCAGUAGCAGUAGUGCUAGCAGUACCUGCGGAGGAAAGAAAGCUCGCUCGGAGAUUCGGCUGACGGCGCGGCUGCUCGUGGUUGUCGCCUUAACGACGCUCUUAACAGUCGCGGGAGACGGCAAGAGCGCUUUCGUCUCGUGGAUCGUACGAGCUCGCUCGCUUCUAGAUAACGCCGGAGCCGAGCAACCUGAAGUUGUAACGCCGCUAAGCCUGGAUGAGUCGGCCAACGCUGAAGCUCUACAGUUGACUACCAGUAGUAGUAACCCAAGCAUUCCUUUAAAAGAGUUUUCAAGCCCCAAGAAAGGUGACGGAAGCGCAUACUCCUCUAAAAGCUUAUUCUCAACGAAGAUACCACCACGCGAUGCGGGUGCCCGUGUAUCACGGCCAGCGGGAAGAGCGUAUCGUGCUUCGGGCAGCUCCCGUGGACGCGUCGCUGGGCAGCGCGUGCACCCCCUGCCUCUUCCCGACGUUGUUAUCUGGGUUCAGGGGCUGCUUCAUGAACGUCUACAUUCCAUGUGUGCAGGAUAUGCAUUACAUGACAUGCUUGCCAUCAAGCUGCAGUCUUUAAAAAACAGUAGUAGUAUAGAGGUUCAAAAUAACAAUAAUACUUCUCCAUCAAAAGUACACCGUAUGCGGCUUGCAUUCCUAUGGCUCACUGAAGACGAAAUGCGUCACACUCGUCUCCACGACAUCCUUGGGCCCUUGCCCUCUCUCGGUGCCUCAUCUGGCGCUCAAAGCCAUGCCAGCAACAGCGAUAUGGGCUCCCUUCAAGGAAGGAGGAAUACAUUACAAGGCAAGCGUGAUACAUGGAAAUCUGGUUGGUCGGCAGCACGGGCAAGAGGAGGUGGAGAAGGGAGGCUUGGGGGAGUGGGCGGAAAGGCAGGAAGGAGGAGGGAGGAAGGGUGCAAGGACGAUGUGCGAGAAGGGAUGGUGUCACCAUCUGUGCUGGACCACUGGCCUCGCUGGCUCGACUCGGCACUUUUCCUUCCUAUGAGCCUCUCCUGGCAAGUUCACCAACCGCCGUCAACUAGCAAACAUCAGCCAUCCUCUGCAUC